AAACUAAAUGAAGCACUCAGUUGAACUAUUUUCCAAAAAAUUGGAUGAGGACCAAAGCAUAGUCACCAUCAGCGGCGACCAUAACGAAGAGUUAAACAUAGGGAUGCCUUGUUCCUUUGAUACGAAGGUCACGAGUCUCAACUUGUCAAUUUGCCAUUUGAUUUCAUUUGAGUCCCAUUUUCUGAUCUUUUAAGAUUAUUGUACUUCUUGCUGUAUCAUUUAUCAUAAAUCUUCAAGAAUGGUUUUGGGUUUUGUUGAUCGUGAUUCGUGACGAGGCGAAAAGUUGAGAGCUUUAUUUGGGGAAUAGCAAGUAUUGAGCUUUUGGGAUUGUGGGUCUUGCCAAAAUGAGGAGGCGUCAGGUUUUGAAGCAUUCAAUCGCUCUUAUAAGCAUGAUGGUGUGUGUUUGUUGCCUUAUGAUUGUGACCGUGACUUUUCUCAAACUUCCAGAGACCCCAACAAAAGAUAGGGAAAUGGGGUUUUACCCAAUGAUCAGAUCCAGAAAAGUUUCCCUUCAAGACGUCAACUUGGGCAAGUUUGGGGAAAUGAUGCUUGACAUGUUGCCUCACGAUCUUGCUUUCACUGUUUUUGUUCCUUCCGAGGAAGCUUUCAAGCGAGAUCUGCGUCUGGUUGUGAAUGAUAGUCUGAAACCGGAAAAGUUCAAUGAUACCUACGCAAUUGUGUCUCGUAUAUUGGGAUUUUCUGCUGUCCCUCGUGCACUUUCUUCAGCUAAUGUGCGCUUGGGUGAGCUUGUGAACUAUGAUUCAUUAUCUGGGUUUCCCUUGUACGUGUCAAAAGACAUCGAUGGAAUGCUUGUUGUUAACAGGAUUCGAUCAGAAGUAGUAGAUGUUAGAAAGAGGGAAAUUGUUGUCCAUGUCAUGGAAGGGGUUGUUAUGGAUGCUGAUUUUGAGCAAUCGGUUUUACCUGAUGAUGAUGCAGAGGAGGAUUGACUCUCUUCAGGUUUUGCCCUUUGUUUCGGCUUCAUUUUGUUGUAUUCAACCGAGCCAUACUCUUUACACUUGUACAUCUGACAAUGUACUUCUUUUCCUUUUUCUUUAAAAGUUAAAAAGUACACAAGUAUAAGGUUUUCAUUUUCUCACCGCAGAUAUAGAAAUACAUUUAUUAUUGCAUUUUUGGUUAUGUUACGGGUCCAUUACAUUCAAUCUCGGUCCUUUAAUGUAGCUCCGAAAUUAGAAAUUUCAUUUUCACAUUACAGCUUAAUUAAAUGGCUGCCUA